AUGCCCGAGCUGUCGGAGUCGAUAACCGCCAUCAAGGACGGCGCCAAGGAGGAUCCCUUCACCUACCUCACCAUCCUGCAGUAUCAUGUGACGUCGCCCAAUGUCCUGCCCGCCCUCAACGACGUCCUCGCCCAGGAUGCCAAACUCACGCAGGAGAUAGGCUGGGACCUGGUCCAGAUGCUUGUGGGCAUCGACGGCUCCGAGGCCUGCCUCGAGACCGUCGCCCGCCUCGGCAACCCGCGCGAGGUCCUCAUCAAGGUCAUGGAGGCGCUCGAGGGCCUGGCCGAGACCUCGGCCGACGACGCCGCCCUGCUGGCGGGAGCCGAGGCCCCGGAGCCCCCGGCCAACGUCCAGGGCAAGUUCAUCCUGCUGCUCGGCAUGCUGGCCAUCCUGCACCGGCGCAUCAAGACCAAGUACCCCUCGCGCUUCCUGGGCUCGUCCCUGGUAAAGGUCUACGAGGCGUACCGGCCGGACCCCGAGAUGACGGCCUCGGUCAUCAACCUCGUGCGCUCGCUGUCCGGGCGCAAGCGCCCGCCGCUGCCCACGCGCAAGUCCAGCAUCAACGUCGCGGACCCGGACCAGGACGGCGACGCCUCCAAGAACGCGCCCGACCCCGAGGCCGAGCAGGAGGACCCCACCGAGGAGGAGAUGCAGCAGCGCCUCCUCCAGUCCUUUGUCACCUGCGUGCUGCAGAGGUACGUCAACGAGAACGAGAUGCAGUGGUCGGCCAGGUUACUGGAGCAGUACUACCCGGACAAGAGAGUCCCUGGGAAGAAGACCAUCACCCAGUCGUAUACCGAGGACGAAACCCUGCACCAAAGGGACUCCGUUGUCGGCCAACUCGUGGCGUUGGCACGGGAUCUUGGUCUUAGGGAGGCGUCGGCUUCCUUUGUAAAGGGUAUCUACGAAAGAGCCACGGGGUUCGACCCCCUAGCGAAUUUCGACGACUUUAACUCUGCGGAGGAAAUCCAUCUGUCCCCUGGCGGCGUGGUGGGCUUGAUUGCGUACUGGUUGUUCUCGGCAGACGUUUUCGGGGCAGACAACUCGACACCCGAGAUGCAUAUCUUCCCUGACCAUCUCACGUUGCUGGAACGCUUCCUCGGAGCCGUGGCGCAGGAUGAAAUAACCACAAACCCCGGGGUUGCCGAUGCGCUUCUCGCUAUAGGGCUGGGCCUCGACCACCGGGAUCUGAUUACAGAGGGUUCAGAACCGAACAUCAUGGCGUACCAUCACCACUUGACUCUGAUAGCCGUCUUCCACCCCGACAUCCAAGUCAGGAACGCGGCAACCACAUUCGCAGGUGCGAUGCUCCACUCAGACCCCGACGACCAAGGCCGCCUGGAGAUCCUUGAGGACCUGCUGGAGAAUUGCAUCUUUGCCUCGCUCAAGGCCUGCGCCGUGACGUGGCUCAAGGAGGAGCUGAUCGAGGCCAAGAAGAGCGGCGCCUCGAACCAGUUCUCGUCGCCCGACAUCAUCGACCGCCUCCAGUACUUCAUCUUCCCGGACAUGCUGUCGGUCAAGGAGAUGGGCACGGACGAGCUGCUGGACUACUGGGGGCAGAACGGCCUGUUCCUGCUGCAGGUCGCCAACUUUGCCUUCUUCCUGUUCUCGGCCGGCUUCGCGGACCUGGUCCCCGCCGGCGUCGGCGCCGCUAUCGAGCAGCGCUUCGUCGAGCCCCUGGUCGAGGGCGCCGAGAGGCUGCUCAAGGCGGACGAGCUGGCGGGCCACGACAAGAUGGAUCUGAGCAUAUUGACGGACCGGCUGAAGAGCCUGCCGUUGUAG